GGAAAAGGUGGGUAGUUCUACCAUAGAAGUGCUAUAUCAAGAAGCGGUUAAUGGGCCUCGGGAAACAGAAACGGACUGCCGUGGCGUGGUGACGACACGAAGAAACCGCCUUGAUCAUCGAAGGGAAGGGGAGAAUGGCGAGCAACCCACCUCGUUCGUCGGCGUCGAUCGUCGACUUGCCGGAGAACUGCGUCUCCCACGUCCUCUCCCUGAUGGCGCCGAGGGAGGUCUGCCGAUCGUCCGCCGUCUCGAUGAGCUUUCAGUCAGCGGCCAACUCCGACUACGUCUGGGAGAAGGUGCUCCCGCCCGAUCUCCCGGAGUUGCUCUCCCGUGCCGUUUCGCCGGUCUGCUUUUCCUCGAAGAAGGAGCUCUUCUUCCGCCUCUGCUCUUCGCCUAUCAUCAUCGACUCCGGCAAACGGAGUUUCUGGCUAGACAAAUCAAGCGGGAAGAAAUGCUUCAUGCUAUCGGCGAGGGAGUUGUCCAUCGUUUGGGGCGAUGACAAUCGAUACUGGAAGUGGGUAACUCUGCCUGACUCAAGGUUCUCAGAAGUGGUUGAGCUCCUGAAUGUCUGCUGGCUGGAGGUCCGUGGAUCUAUCAAAGCCUCUGAACUCUCCCCACACACCCAAUAUGCAGCGUACUUUAUCUUAAAACACACGGACCAUUCUUACGGUUUCCACUCUCAUCAAGCCGAGUUCGCUGUCAGCGUAAGCGACGGAAGUCGCUCCUCCAAACGCAAGGCCUUCAUACAUUCCGACAAGCACGGGCCGAUUACAGCGCGUUUCUCUGCUUGCGGCCGCAGGUUUGGAAGCGCAAUCAGCUUCAGGCCUCGCGGGCACCUGAUGACUGUGCGGCCGGCGGAGCUCCUUCAGAGCGAACUGCACCCGAGGGCGGGCGGAAAUGGUGAAUGGAUGGAGAUCGAGAUUGGGGAGUUUUAUGUCGGUGGAGACGAGGAUGGUGCGAAGGUGGAGUUCAGUAUGAUGGAGGUGAAUGGCGGCCACUGGAAAAGUGGGCUGGUGCUUGAAGGGAUUGAGAUAAGGCCCAAAACCAAGCCUGCCAAUUAACUGUACAGGGUCGUGUGAGUUCGCUGCCGUCAUUCAAUUGCUGCUUGGUGCAUGGAGCACACUCUUGUAGAUGCAUGUGGUAGUAGUAGUUCCAACUCUUGCUUUUGGCUCUUCCUUUUGUCGUUGAUAAAUUGAAAAGGGGGUGGUCAUUUUUGUACAUCAGCUGCUUAAUGCAUCUGUCGACUUCCGAAGCAAUGAAAAGAUUGUGAAAAAGCUUAUGAUGUGGGUAAA